GGGGGUGGAAGUCUAAGUGGUGAGGAGUGGAACUGUCACUCGGUUGUACAUCUGACACCAUGGUUGACCUGCGUAGUGGUAAGAGCACCACCCCGUACACGAAAGCUCAAGAAAAGCAAGCCGCCGCCGUACUGAAAGAGAGAAAAAAGAAAGAGGCUAAGAAGGAGUUGAUCAAGCAGGCCAAGAAGUUGGCCUUGCUGGAGGAGCAGGCGGCGAAGAAGAAGAAACUGGAGGAGGAGAUGGAGAAGUUGAAAAAAGAAGAGGAGGAGAAGUUGAAGGCGGUAGAAGAAGAGGAAGUGGAAGUGGAGGAGGAAGUCCACUUAGAAAGGACCAGAACGGAAAGGGGGGAGUCGAGCGACACGAAACAAGAUGACCAGUGGAGGGAGAAAAAGAUUUCGGAGUGGGUUGCAAAUUUGUCGCUGGAAGAAGAGGAGGAAGCGAUGCUAUAUGUCCCUAGGGAAGAACAAGAGGCGGUGGUGAAAGAGUUAGAGGCAGAGGAAGACCCCUUACGCCGCCAGACCAUAGAGGAGGAGGAAUGUAAGCUGCGCCUUGCAAGAGAAAAGAGGCAACGACUGGAUGCCGCAAACAAGGUGGCGAAGGAAUUGAGAGUGGUGGAGGAGCAAAGACAACAGAUGGAGGGCCAGGCGGAUGUGCUGGGAAAGAUGGAGAUCAUGGCUAGGAAUAUAGAAUUAUUGGCGAAAGCCCAACAGGAGCAAUAUCAGUUGGUUAGGGGCCAAGACAUCGCAUUACAGUCCAUACGCCGAGGGUUCAGAGAGUUUGCGCACAAAAUGAUGAUGCAUGUGGGCACGGAGAUAAGGGCCAGGAUAGAAAAUACUGAGCGAUUCCGCGCGGGCGCCAUAGAAGGCGCCAAGCUUGCUGCCCCAAAGAAGGAGGAAGCUCGCACUCGUAGAGAGCCAGUUAAAGUUUAGUUUCCUGAUUCCUACAGCGGAAAGAAGGAAGAGAAUUUCAAUAACUGGGAGGUGAAGGCGAACGCCAAUUCGUACGUUCACCUGCAGAAGAUCAUACCUGAGGAGCAAGUCCUCAUCACCUUCCACGCCCUAAAGGACGAAGCGUCUAGCUUCGCCAGAUGGCUAGCUCGUGUUGCGCAAUGUGAGAAUAAUAUGGUAACUUACUCCAAGGUCAACCCCCUCCCUGAAUUUCUCAGUUGAGUCAGUUGAGAAAUAUUUGCAGCCCGACACCCGAUCCAACAUUCUUCACUGUGAUUGCAUUAAGACCUAUAUAGUGGAUACACCUUCUAAGCUCUCCCUCCUUCUUGGGAACGAAAAGAACAGGUGCUCCAAAUGG